AUGUCUUUAAAGUCUUCGUCAUUCACAAACUCGGCUACACCCACGAAGCGCUUUCUGUCAAAAUUCAAUGCGACUGUCACACGUUCCAGACUGUCUACUCCUUUCCCGAAUGGGGCAGCUACUUCAACAAAAUCGAUAGAUGCCGUUGCAGGAGUCAACUCAAGACCACUGAAACUGUAUAUUAACACCACAAUGGAUUGGAAACUUGAGGACAUCUCAGAAGAAUAUGUACUAAGGGGCACAUUACCUCCACCGUUAUCACCCACUAUACCUCAACUCCAGAUUCCUGUCGCCUCAAAUCCCACUAACCAGGUAAAAAGUUCGAGCACACAGGACAAAGAAGAAUCACUUUCAUACACCGAACACAAGCUCUUGAUCUCCACUCCUUUCGAGCCGGGCUUGAGCCAGGAGGAAGUACUAUCUCCCGAAAGAGAGGCAACCUCACAUCUAGACCCCACUUUACAACAUAUGCCCAGCAAAAGGCUUGCCAGAGGAGCCAGAUACUCAAGGGAUUGUAAAGACAAAGCGUCAGGUGACGAGACGCUACGACCAUUGUCGCCGACAUUGCCAGAUUCCUUCAACAAUGAAGGGAGUUACACAAAGUCCUUGUCAAAGGAACGGUCCAGCCAACGUUUGGAGUCAAAGCGAGGUGUCUCUGCCAAAAAGGGCCAGACACUGGCUACUGCCCCUAUAUUUAGGAAUGUACAGACAGAUGUGGGGGUUUUCAAAUGGAUCAACAAAGUGAAUGAUCUCGCAAAGCCGAAAUUUCUUCUACGAGUCACGAUGAGUAACAAAAUGAAAUUUAAGGAAAGCGUUGCAGCUUUGUCAAAGCUGUCGAAUGUCACUGCAGACGAGUCGAUUGCACUUGGACACGCCAACACUAGAGUAGGCGAUACAGUUCAACACGCUGGUCGUUCAAGUAUGGUUGAAGUUUACAAGAAGGGCAAUGCAGUAGACAGUUCGGAAGAUUUGCAAUAUAACUCUAAGGAGAAAGAGAGCACACCUACAGAAAUACCCCCAGAAGUAGACACCAAACUGCAUAAGCUGUCUGAGGAUAAGCAACAGAAUGAAAAGGAAAUUGAAAAACUUGUCAAGAUCAUUGAGGAGAAACAACAGCAAUUGAGGGAAAAGUCCAAGCAGAUUAAAGGUUUGGAAUGUGAGAUCAAGUCGCUACGAGCAAAGCAUGAUCUAGGCCGCAAGCAAACACUACCCGGCGCCUUUGUAAAUGAUCUUCUGGGAUUUGAGCAAUCUUCUUCAGUUGAAUUCAAAUUGACAAAAGACCAAGUGGAAGAUGUGAAGGCCAAGCUUAUCACAAAGAAAAAAUACUGGCUGGAUAUAUGUAAAAAUGUCCAAAAUGAUAUCGAUAUUAUGUGGAAGGCAUUGGAACUGACACGUGGCACAUUUCCCGAUAAUUGGAAGGCGCCACAAAUUGAAUGCAGAGAUAUACAAGUGAUUGUGAUGCAGAUAGAUGUUUUCAUCAUGAAGAUGGUAUCAUUAGACUAUGACGAGCGAUCCAAAGUUGUUACUGACACUCUUCCGAGCGAGCGGUCUUGGAAGGCAUUGGAUAAGGAUAUUGAGGGACUAAUCACGUAUAUUGGGCUUUUACUUUCUGUGAGGGAUGAUUGGAGUGCGACAGAGAAUGGUCAUUUUGAGCUUGAAUUCUUGAGAACCAUCAAAUGCUUGAUGUUUCAGACUCGGGCUUUGGUAACCAAGAGGAUAAACUCAAUUUUGCUGAAAGUUGUGGUGACGUAUAUCGAGAAGAUGAGUUUGCCACGAGACGAAACGACCUCCACUCUUGCAUACUUCGGCGAUUCUUCGUUGAGCAAUAAAGUAAUUGAGUUACAACAGCUGAGCAUCAAAAAUGCCGAGAGUGCACGACUAUAUUUUAUGAAUUCGCAGCCGGAGUUUCUUGAUUCGAUGCUUCAAUCCACUUUCUCCUGUGUUUGGGAAAAGAGAACUUUGAAUUUGGCCCAAGUUCAACAGUCCUACAAUUUGGAGGCUUUUGACAGGUCGAUCAAGCCUAGCUUACAAAUAUACUAUCUACCAUUGGGUAUCUAUUCCAACUUAAAUGAGGUCAACUCCAUAUUGUUCAAUGUAACGGUCUACUUCCUUGAGACAUACAACAAGUUGCAUCAAAAUAAAAGCAUCAACUAUAAGCUACAAAGUGGUCAGACCUAG